AUGGUCACCAUCUCCGCACUUAGUGCCAUAGAAGGUGACGAGGAGGCCACGUUGCUGGCUUUCAAAGCAGCGGCAAUCAGCAACGGGUACAACGACCCACUUGCUUCGUGGAACCGCAGCACCAACGGUGGGUACUGCAGUUGGGAGGGCGAACAUCCCGCGAGCCUUGGACGUCUGCGCCAUCUCCAUAUCCUCGACUUGAGUCACAAUGCCUUUUCUGGCUUACUUCCCGCCAACUUGACCUCUUGCACCAGUCUAAUAAUCAUGGUCAUUAGAUACAACAAUCUCAGCGGGAACUUGCCCCUUGAGAUUGGUCAUAACCUGAAGCAUCUCAAGGUGCUCAACCUGCACGACAACAACCUUACGGGACAGAUCCCGGCGUCGCUGGCUAACUUGUCAUCGUUGAGUUAUUUUAGUCUCGCAUCCAACCAGCUCGAAGGUACCAUCCCGACUAGCAUUGGCAUCCUCAAGGACCUCAGUGUUCUUGGGCUCGGCUUCAACAACCUCUCUGGCGAGCCCCCAAUAUCCCUUUACAAUUUGUCUUCCUUGGAAAUGUUGCAGAUUGAGUGGAACAUGCUCAGUGGUAGCCUUCCUACCGAUAUCGGCAGCAGGUUCCCCAGCAUGCGAAUGCUCCUUAUAUAUAAAAACAAGUUCACGGGGAUCAUCCCUGCUUCACUCUCCAACCUCACAUCGCUCCAAGUACUCGACCUAUGGCAGAAUAUGCUUAAAGGACAUGUGCCUAGCACGAUUGGGAGAAUACGAGCUCUGCAAAAUCUAUACUUAUCCGACAACAUGCUAGAAGCUGACGAUGGGAAGGGGUGGGAAUUUAUUGCUUCUUUGUCAAACUACAGCCAGCUCAAAGUAUUAGAUCUCUCUAACAUCACCGCUUUCACUGGACACCUACCAAGCUCAAUAGUGAAUCUCUCAACAACCCUGCAGUUCCUCGACUUUAGUGCUACUGGGAUUUGGGGAAGCAUCCCCUCGGCCAUCGACAAUCUGGUGGGCCUUGAAUUCCUUGAUGCUCAUGAUGCCUCCAUAUCCGGAGUAAUUCCAGAUAGCAUCGGCAAGCUAGGAAACUUGACUGAAAUUUAUCUGUACAAUAGUAACUUGUCUGGCCAAAUACCUUCAUCUAUCGGAAAUCUCUCAAAGUUAGCUAUCCCUAGUGCAUAUCAGUGCACUCUAGAGGGGCCAAUUCCGCCAACCAUAGGGAAGCUGAAGAGUUUAUUUGCCCUUUUUUUGUCAAGUAACCACCUGAACGGUUCGAUUACAAGAGAGAUUUUUGAACUAUCUUUCAGUUACUUAGACUUGUCAUACAAUUCACUAUCAGGACCUCUUCACUCCCAGGUCGAUAGCUUACAAAACCUUAACCAACUAUUUCUAUCGAGGAACCAGUUGUCUGGCGAGAUACCUGAAAGUAUUGGGAAGUGUACAGUGCUGCAAGAACUUUGGUUGGACGAUAACUUAUUUAACGGAAGCAUACCCCAAUAUCUAAACAAGGCUCUAACUACACUCAACCUUUCAGUGAAUGAGUUGUCCGGUAGUAUUCCAGAUGCCAUUGGAAGUAUCAGCGGACUGGAACAAUUGUAUCUGGCGCACAACAAUUUGUCAGGACCAAUCCCUGCAGUUCUACAGAAUUUAACAGCAUUGUGGAUGUUGGAUUUGUCCUUCAACAAUCUGCAAGGGGAAGUGCCAAAAGAAGGGAUUUUCAGAAAUUUUGCUAACCUGACGAUCACCGGAAACAACAAGCUUUGUGGAGGAAUACCCCAGUUUCAUUUAGUUCCAUGCAACCCAGAUUCUGUGAAAAAAGAACAGAGGGAAGUCGAACAAAGAAGAAAGCAGAAGGGUGCAUUCGAACCACCAAUGGUUGAGGAACAGUUCGAAAGAGUUUCUUAUCAUGCUUUAUCAAACGGAACCAAUGGAUUCUCCGAAGCCAAUUUGCUUGGUAAAGGGAGCUUUGGGACAGUCUAUAAAUGUGCUUUUCAAUCUGAGGAAACUGUUGUAGCUGUGAAGGUUUUUGACCUUCAACAAUCAGGCUAUACUAAAAGUUUUGUAGCCGAAUGUGAGGCACUCAGAAGGGUGCGUCACCGCUGCCUCAUGAAGAUCAUCACAUGCUGCUCAAGCAUCAAUGAACAAGGUCAGGAUUUCAAGGCAUUGGUUUUUGAGUUCAUGCCGAAUGGUAGCUUGAAUCGUUGGCUGCAUACAGAAUCUGGCAUGCCCACUUUGAACAAUACUCUUAGCCUUGCACAAAGGCUCGAUAUCGUUGUUGAUAUCAUGGAUGCAUUGGACUACCUUCAUAAUCACUGCCAGCUACCAAUCAUCCACUGUGAUCUCAAACCAAGCAACAUCCUUCUUGCAGAAGACAUGAGCGCCCGAGUUGGAGAUUUUGGCAUAAAUAGAAUCAUUUCAGAAAGUGAAUGUAUAAUUCUGCAAAAUUCCAAAAGCACAAUUGGCAUAAGAGGCUCCAUUGGCUAUGUCGCUCCUGGUAAAUUCUAUGUUUUUUUUCUUGAUUCCAAAUCCUUCUAUAAAUAUGACAUGCUAAUCAAUACUUUCUUUUUCUUUUGCACAAUAAUAGAGUAUGGUGAAGGUUCUCCCAUCACAACUUUUGGUGAUGUUUAUAGCCUUGGCAUAUUGCUGCUCGAGAUUUUCACAGGGAGGAGCCCAACAGAUGAUAUGUUUAGAGGUUCAAUGAAUCUACAUAAGUUUUCAGAGGAUGCUCUUCCAGGUAACAUAUGGGAGAUAGCCGAUAAGACAAUGUGGUUGCACACUGGCACCUAUGACAAUAAUACAAGAAACAUAAUUGAGAAAUGUUUUGUUCAAGUCAUUGCUCUUGGGGUAUCCUGCUCAAGAAAACAACAUAGAGAGAGGACACUGAUACAAGAUGCAGUCAAUGAGAUGCAUGCUAUCAGAGAUUCAUACCUUAAGUUUGCCAGAACUCUUGUGGUGGAAGAUGGAGUAGGAACGUUUUUUCUGUAA